UCCUUAAACAACAACAUAGUACAAACUAUGAUCCUCUCUAUCCGGAAGCUAUUUUAGUUUUUGAAUGAAUCUUUCUUUUAAUUAAUUUGAACAGUUCACUCAGAACGGAGAACAUGUCAGGUGUAACUCUUGCUACAGUUCCGCAAAAUGAACCUUCCGGUGCCGGAAAUAAAGCAGCGACCAAACCCGCCACCGCAACGACGCAGGAGUCGAUGAUGGGUGGCGUAAUGGGAUCACUCCGUGUGAUAGAGCUUCAAUUAGUUGCUUUCAUAAUGGUUUUCUCAGCCAGUGGCCUUGUCCCGCUCUUCGAUCUCGUCUUCCCCGCCUUCGCGUCGGCUUAUCUGUUGAUACUAUCCCGAUUAGCCUUCCCGUCGCGUGGCGGAAGCGGUUCGAGUACCCGGGAGAUUUUCCAGGCGAGUAGAUUGUUCCGAUUGUAUGUCAUUGUUGGAACCACCGUCGGGUUGUUCUUGCCGCUCGCGUACGUUUUAGGCGGAUUCGCUAGGGGCGAUGAUCAUGCUGUUCGGUCCGCCACGCCUCAUUUGUUCCUGCUGUCGUUUCAAAUACUUUCGGAAAAUAUUAUUAGUGGGCUGUCGUUGUUUUCGCCGCCGGUGAGAGCGCUGGUGCCGUUGCUUUAUACGGUUAGGAGGAUCUUUGUUAUUCUUGACUGGAUGCAUGAUGUGUGGAUUAAUAAGACUUUACCGGCUAAUGCACAUGCUACGGACGUUGCUUGGUAUUGGUUUGGAAGGAGCCUAGCAGCAGCAAAUCUGUUAUACUUUUCGAUCAAUCUUUUCGGGUUUUUGAUUCCUCGUUUCCUGCCUCGGGCAUUCGAGAAGUAUUUCCAGGAGAGAGAUGAAAUUCACUCGAAGAUGGCGGAGGAUAAACGUUCUGCUUUCACUAACAGAGCUCAAUCGGCAGACAAGAAGUCCGACUAGUCGAUCCUGUUUAUCAGGAAUUUUAUAGAGCUGACUUUGUGUUUGAAAAUAUGUUUUUGUUGGAGUGUCUACAAGCACUACUUUGAUCUUGUAUGUUGUGUUUAGUUAAUGUUUCAGAAUUCAAGUUCUAUUACAGAUUCUGAUGAUAUGGAUAUUUAUAUUCAUAAAAUAUCUCUUCAGAUUUCUUGAACAAA